GGACUAUUCCAUGACAGAGGGUCACCAGAAUCAUGAUGAACAUCGGGUGUCAGUGGCAGCAGUUGAAAACAGGAUUCAUGCUGAUAGUCUGUCCACUGAGUGCCCAAUGAAAACUGGGACUAUCAACAUGGAAAAUCUAAUGGCGCUUCCAAAUAUCACUAAUCACAAAAAGCAACGUGAGAAUUAUAUUGAUUUGUGUGGCAAGAUUGCUUGUGCCAGUAUCAAAUCUCUUGAAAAGUUUAAGGAUGUUGCUGUUCAUCAUAUAAAGCAUGCAUAUUCUGCUCAGGCAAGAAGGGGAACAGACACUAAAUUUGUUGGAAUGAUUUAUACAAACUCAAAUGAAUCAGCAGAGAUGGAGGAAAUAAUGAAGGAAAUUCACUCAAAGUAUGUCCCUUGCAAUAAUGGGAAAUGCAGUUCGCUUGCAAUUGUUGGUGAUCAAGGAACUGUUGAAAGAGGAGUGAAUGUUUUGCUACAGUUGAGUAAUGGCUUUGACGAAGUUGAAUGGCUUGAUGGCUUACACUUGAAAGUUGGAGAUUUUCAUGCAGGAAUGAAGUUCUUGCAAUUUGGAUAUGACCAAUUCUAUAAUGCAAAAUCAGUGAUGGACAAGUGCACAAUUUUUAGUGAUAGAACUCUUAUAAACCGCCGAAAUGUUGUCACUGAUGUGUCAAAGCGCUUUGAUGCAAAUAAGAAGUUUUUUUUGCUUGAAGUCCAUGCAAGGAUUGUUGCUGCAUUUUUAGUGAUUCUUGGCAUAAAGGAUAUAGAAGAGCAAAUAUCAGAGGGGAUCUUACCAAAAUAUAUUUGUAGCAAAUCCAAAAAAGAGAGAAUAUUUCCAUGGAUUAUGCAGCAGGGUUGUAGAUGAAUAUGUAUUGAAUGCCGAUAAAAAUGGAGAUCUCUUGAAAAAAGAAGCAUACUCAG